UAAUAGAUUCCUACGCCCCUCGUAACGGCGGCCAUCUUUCUUGGAUAAGCGGUGGCUCGUGAAUAUCUGCCAUCAUCGGCGUCAGGAAAGGGUUAAAUCAAUCAAAACGGAUAACAAAAAAGACAUUAAGAUUCCAUGAUGGCAGAUACAGAUAAAUUAAAUAUAGAUUCAAUCAUAGCUCGACUUUUGGAAGUGAGAGGAUCAAGACCAGGAAAGAAUGUCCAGUUAACAGAAUCCGAGAUCAGAGGACUUUGUCUGAAAUCGAGAGAAAUUUUCUUAAGUCAGCCCAUCCUUUUGGAGCUAGAAGCACCCCUUAAAAUAUGUGGUGAUAUCCAUGGACAGUAUUACGAUUUGCUGAGGCUAUUCGAAUAUGGAGGUUUUCCACCCGAGAGCAAUUAUUUGUUUCUUGGAGAUUAUGUGGAUAGAGGAAAACAGUCUUUAGAAACUAUAUGUCUGUUGUUAGCCUAUAAAAUCAAAUACCCAGAAAACUUUUUUCUUUUGAGAGGGAACCACGAGUGUGCAAGCAUCAACAGAAUAUAUGGGUUUUAUGAUGAGUGUAAAAGACGGUACAAUAUUAAAUUGUGGAAGACAUUCACAGACUGUUUUAACUGUUUACCAAUAGCGGCCAUCAUUGAUGAAAAAAUCUUCUGCUGCCAUGGAGGUUUGAGUCCAGAUUUGCAGUCGAUGGAACAGAUACGUCGUAUCAUGAGACCAACAGAUGUACCAGAUCAAGGACUGCUGUGUGAUCUGUUGUGGUCUGACCCAGACAAGGAAACGAUGGGCUGGGGAGAAAACGACCGGGGUGUUUCAUUUACUUUUGGUGCAGAAGUCGUUGCAAAGUUUUUACACAAGCAUGACUUGGACCUUAUAUGCAGAGCACAUCAGGUGGUGGAAGAUGGUUAUGAGUUCUUUGCUAAACGCCAGUUGGUCACAUUAUUUUCUGCCCCAAAUUAUUGUGGCGAGUUCGACAAUGCCGGUGCAAUGAUGAGUGUUGAUGAGACUUUGAUGUGCUCUUUUCAGAUACUGAAACCUGCAGACAAAAAGAAAUUUCCAUAUGGUGGACUGAACGCAGGCCGACCAGUCACCCCUCCAAGGGGAAAUGCACAAAAGAAAGGGAAAAUGUAGAAGUGUAUGAAAGAUGUAAUCUAUGUAAAUACUUCACUCCUACGUGCAACACUGACGUACUGAAACUCAACGACGGUGGCUUUUGGAAUAGAGAUGUUGACUAACGUGCUGAACAGACGACUUGUAACUUGACAUGGCACGUACCGGUUCAAGACAUUUAACUUAGCAGCAGUGUAGAACAAGUGGGAAAAGAUCAGCUUGAUUAGGGGGCAUUUGUGGUCUGAAUAAAAAUUGUGUAUACAUGUAUAUAUAUAUAUAUAUAUAUAUAUAUGUGAUCGUUCAAGGAGCUGUGUCUAGUCAAAGGGCACUGACCAAACUACUGUAAAUAAGAACUCGAAAUGAGACUGAGGAACCGCUGUAGUUGAGCAAAUAUAAUUAAUCUUGUAACAAUCGACUCGAAACGGUUGGUAUUUACUUUUUCUGUGCUGCAACUGAGGAAUAUCGAUAAUGGAAUAGUUCUUGUAGUUUUUAACACAAAAAAAUUAAAAUAUUUGUAUAUACAUCGUGUAUUCUGCAAGUUUAAUAAUUUAUUAAGAAGAGCUAAUUGUUGUAUGUUUCGUGUACUGAUUUUAUUUGGUAGUACAGACUUCCAUUCUGAUUACCAUCAGUAAAAUGGUUAGUAAAAUGCAUUUUUAAAUUUGGCAUGCUUCUAUCAAAAUGUCUGCAAAUUAGUUUGUACAGUGUUUUCUUAAUACUUGGCUGCAUGCAAAAAGUGUACUACUUAAUCUGCAUUUGAUUAUUGAAAAAUAGGCAGUACUGUUUGAGGACUGUAUCAGUCCGAAUUAUUUCAUUUGAACAUAGGAUUACAAUUACACAAAAUGCAAUAAUUUUGCCAUAUUCACCAAUAGUUAUGUAAUCAUUUUACACAGCUUGAAAAAAAGAAAUUAAUUUUACAAUCUCGUUUAAGAUAAACAAAAUUAUUUUUAUGAUGAGGUUGUUAUUUGGGAUGGGUAAAUUUCGGUUUAAAACUCUGCAUUGGUCAAACUAAUUUCCAUAUUGUGCUUGUGGACUUGGGGAUAACAUUGAUUUACAAACUGAGUCUCUUGAUAUUGCAAGAUGUUGGUAGAAUAUUGCAAACCCUGACCUGGUGAUACCAACAUUCAUUUGAUAGUCAUUUAUCUCAUCUAAUAUAUUGCAAGUUUAUUUUGAUUUAUUUAUAGUAACUAAACAUGUUUUAAUAUGCAAGUCAUGUAUUCUAGUUAUAGUUGGUUUUUUCUCUUGAUUUUUUUUCCCCCUGUAUUCCCAAGUGUUGUCUGCAAUGGAAGAUUUGUAAAAAAAUUUAGAAAAAAGUUGUACAAAGGACUAUCAUUUGUGUUGUUUUGUAAUGUCUAAACUUGUAAGAUCAUUGGCUACUGUAGUACUCAUGCAUCAAAAGCAGCACUAUUCUACUAAUAAUGUGGAUCUGACUUCAGUCUUUUUCCGUUCGUUUUUCCAUUGGUAAAAAUGUUUUAUAUAUAAAAAAAAAAAAAUUGCAUUUUUGUCAAGUAGUCGUUCUAUGUUUACUACCUUUCAUUUUUAUGUCCAUUGUAUUUUGUAGUUCCAACUUGAAAAAGAGAAUAAAUGUAGUUUUUUA